GGUUUGCUACUGUGUAUAACUAUAAGCAAUUCCACAGUAAUUUAUUAUUCGGGUACUUCAAUUCAUUAUUCGGGUUCACUUAUCAGUUUCUAUUGUGUAUGAAUGCUAAUUCAGAUCUGUUGAAAUUUUCAAAUGCGAUCAAGAUCCCUAAUUCCUUUCGAGUUCUUAUCGAUCCAAUCAAGCAAUUUAUUUAUAGUUUGUAGACAUUCCCUCGGUCUCUGUACCUGUCGAUUACGAGUUGGGUUUAGGCGAUUUAUUUCGAUUUGAAAGAUGUCUGUGUUGAAAUCGUCGGGCCGGUUCUUUACAACCGGGCUGGUGGCGGCGUGGUAUUCAUCCAACAUUGGGGUUUUGCUGCUGAACAAGUAUCUGUUGAGCAAUUACGGGUUCAAGUACCCGAUUUUCUUGACCAUGUGCCACAUGACGGCGUGUUCGCUGCUGAGCUACGUUGCUAUUGCGUGGAUGAAGAUGGUGCCGAUGCAGACUAUAAGGUCUAGGGUUCAGUUCAUGAAGAUCUCUGCCCUCAGCUUGAUUUUCUGCGCUUCCGUUGUUAGCGGCAAUUUUUCGCUCAAGUACUUGCCGGUCAGCUUCAAUCAGGCAAUUGGCGCCACCACACCUUUCUUCACGGCUGUUUUCGCCUAUUUGAUGACUUUGAAAAGGGAAGCUUGGUUGACUUACCUGACUUUGGUGCCCGUGGUUACUGGAGUCAUCAUUGCUAGUGGGGGUGAACCGAGUUUCCAUUUGGUUGGAUUUAUCAUAUGUGUUGCUGCAACAGCUGCAAGGCACUCAAAUCAGGAAAAACUGAAUUCAAUGAACCUGCUCCUAUACAUGGCUCCUAUAGCUGUUGUACUACUACUUCCAGCCACCAUUUACAUGGAGGAAAAUGUUGUUGGUAUCACAUUGGCAUUGGCAAGAGAAGAUAGUAGAAUUAUUUGGUUACUCUUGUUCAAUUCUGCACUCGCGCAUUUUGUGAACUUGACCAAUUUUUUGGUCACGAAGCACACGAGUGCUCUAACGCUUCAGGUGCUUGGAAAUGCAAAAGGAGCAGUAGCAGUGGUAAUCUCCAUAAUGAUUUUCAAGAAUCCUGUAUCUGCUACUGGAAUGCUCGGUUAUAGCCUGACAGUCUUUGGUGUUAUUCUCUAUAGUGAAGCCAAAAAACUAAAUCGCUUGCCAUAUUCGCUUACCUCAGAUUAUGAGGAAUGUGUGAAAUCCAAUCUAAUGGAUUUUGGCCAUUGUUUCCCUCGGAAGCCUGACCACAGAGUCGAACAUAUAACAGCAGAGAAAACCGGGCGAACCCAUAACUUGUUGAUUUUCUGGUGUGGACGAUCAAUAUUGAUUCGAAAGAUGUCUGCGAUGAAAUCGUCGGGCCGGUUCUUCACGAUCGGGCUGGUGACGGCGUGGUAUUCAUCCAACAUUGGGGUUUUGCUGCUCAACAAGUAUCUGUUGAGCAAUUACGGGUUCAAGUACCCGAUUUUCUUGACCAUGUGCCACAUGACGGCUUGCUCGCUGCUGAGCUACGUUGCUAUUGCGUGGAUGAAGAUGGUGCCGAUGCAGACCAUAAGAUCCAGGGUUCAGUUUAUGAAGAUCUCGGCUCUCAGCUUGAUUUUCUGCACCUCUGUUGUUAGCGGCAAUAUUUCUCUCAAGUACUUGCCGGUUAGCUUCAAUCAGGCGAUUGGCGCCACCACACCUUUCUUCACGGCUGUUUUUGCCUACAUGAUGACUUUGAAAAGGGAAGCUUGGUUGACAUACCUGACUUUGGUUCCCGUGGUUACUGGGGUCAUCAUCGCUAGUGGGGGUGAACCGAGUUUUCAUCUGUUUGGAUUUAUAAUGUGUGUUGGUGCAACAGCUGCAAGGGCACUCAAAUCAGUGGUUCAGGGGAUUUUGCUUUCUUCCGAAGGUGAAAAGCUGAAUUCAAUGAACCUGCUCCUGUACAUGGCUCCUAUAGCUGUUGUAUUACUACUUCCUGCAACUAUUUACAUGGAGGAAAAUGUUCUUGGUAUAACAUUGGCAUUAGCAAGAGAAGAUAGCAGAAUUAUUUGGUUGCUGCUGUUCAAUUCUGCACUUGCAUAUUUUGUGAACUUGACCAACUUUUUGGUCACAAAGCACACCAGUGCUCUAACGCUGCAGGUGCUUGGAAAUGCAAAAGGAGCAGUAGCAGUAGUUAUCUCCAUAUUGAUUUUCAAGAAUCCCGUAUCAGUUACUGGAAUGCUUGGAAAACCGACAAGUCUCUCCAACAUGUACCAGCAGAAGAAACCUGAUGAGCAGAGUAGCAGUUUAAGUAAGGGUUCAAAUGACUUUAGUUCUUCCCAGUUUGGGGGUUCUCAAAGAAAAGUCCCUUUUACGUAA